GAGCCCUCACAGCAGCUUCACGUUGAAAAUCCAUGGGUUGGGUGGGUUGCCAGUUCAUGUUUUUCAAGAGGUCGCAUACCUGAAGGCAACGCAAGCAACAAGCACAGAGCAUCGCCCGCCACAGCCGAGUCUAGUGUAUACUGUUGGUCAAAUUGGGAUUCCUCGCUUAGGACGCAGGACUAGCAUCCGAUGCGAUGAUGCAAAGUAGGCUUGCGCGCGCCUCCGGCUUGCGCACUCUAGGAUCCAUCCCAAGGUUCCAAUGGAUUCAGCCACUGGGCACGCGACAAGCGUCUUCCUUCUCGGCAAUACACGAUGGCCUACGCCGGUCUGAGAAAGCUAGACCGCAGGGCUUCAACAACUCGAGCCUCAGCUCUGCUUCCCUUACUAAGAGGAGUCUAGGAGCCAGAGGCCGUCGCGCAAAAGAUGACCAUGCGCCUUCAACUUUCAAGAUCCGGAAGGGCAAGAAGGACAUAUCCCAGCCGCCCAAACAAAAGCCGAUGACACGGGCUGCCCGAUUCAACGAUCCAAACAGCAACUUUGGAAAGAGGAGCCUCGUUUAUCAGGUCCACAGUGGCCAGCUACGAAAUGAUAUGGCCGCAUUGCCUGAAAAGAAAAUCAGCUCGUCUGAUUCAUCUGGCGACAUCUGGGACAACUUGGAGAGAGCUUCCGCUGCGCAAAGCAUGGGCAAGGGCAGGAAACCAAGAACACCAAAGUCCGUCUUUGGGUCAGAAUCCCUGAGAAUGAGCAGGCCAGACUCUGGUGAAUUCGCACAGGCGUCUUCAGGGCGCUCAGAUGUAAAGAGUGGCUUCUUGAAGGAGACGUUACGGCCCGGCAGAGAUGUGAACCCAUUUCGGCAGCUUGAAACACGGAGCGGACCUGAGAGCAGGAUGGCCAACUCCUGGAGCGCGAACGAGAACCGCUAUGAUACAGAGCGUCCGCGAAGUGAUGGUCGCGACCGAACCGAGCCAGCACGUUGGUCUGAGGAAUCUUUCGACCUCAGAACCAAUAACUACACAAGACCAUCUUCGUAUACCCCUAAUAGGGGGUAUGCCGAUCACCUAGACCCAACCGUGACUUCGAUACCAUACACCACUGCAGCAUCACAAUUCCUGUACGGGAGGUCGGUAGUGGAGGAGACUCUGAGGUCGUCCAGGAGGAAACUUUACCACUUGUAUAUUUAUGAUGGCCUUAACCGCAGUCGGAAUCCCAACGACGUGGUCAUAGAGAAACUGGCUCAAAAAAGGGGCGUCAAAAUCACGAAACUUGGGGAGGGACACCAAAGGCUGAUGAGCAAGAUGAGCGAGGGUCGGCCACACAACAAUUUCGUCCUGGAGGCAUCGCCCGUUCCGCAACCCCCGAUCGAGGCACUUGGUCCCUUGUCUGAAGUGGCAUCGAGACCUGGCUUUGAGGUUUCACUGGGUCACCAGACUGCGGAAGAUCUAGAGAUUAACGGAUCCAGCAAUUUUGUCGAGACAGAGGGAGGAAAGCACCAGCCCCUGGUUCUGCUUCUAGAUCGAAUUCUGGACCCCGGUAAUCUCGGCAACAUUCUGCGGACGGCCAGCUUUCUCGGCGUGAGCGCCGUGGUCAUAUCGCAGAGAAACUCGGCAACGCUGACCCCUGUGGCGCUCAAGGCGGCAGCAGGGGCGUCUGAGACCCUGCCACUUUUUGCGUGCGACAACCCCGCAAGCUUCCUGCACAACUCCAAGGAGUCCGGCUGGAAGAUCUACGCAGCGGUGGCGCCAUCCCGUUCGAGGAAGAAGAGCGAGCAGGACGUUUACGACAUUGAAGAUCUAGACCCGCUGGCCACGGACCCGUGCGUGCUCGUGGUCGGCAGCGAGGGCGAGGGUCUUCCGACAAUGAUCAAGACCAAAUCUCACCACGCGGUAACGAUACCAAAUUCUUCCGGGGCACACACCAUUGAUAGCUUGAAUGUCAGUGUUGCUGCAGGUCUCCUCUGCGGGGCUUUCUUGAGGGGAGUCAUGAAGGAGAAGCACCCACGGCUUUCCCGUGGCAGCCAGAAGAGCGACGAAAUGGGAUUCUGGUAAAUUUCCACGAUUGCAUCUGUAUAAUAAUGUACCACACUGUCUACACACCCAGGAUUGAUACCCCCGUUCUUUCCCUUGUACCAUCCUUGUAUUUUAUUUCAUAUUUCUUCCAGUCUAGCGAUCAAAUCAUAAACAUAGAAACUAAACUAAGACACGAAUACUACAUGAUGCGACGUCGGCACCUACACUGA